AUGCUUCUCUGCGUCUUUUCCCUUGCGGUUCUUUUUACUUCUCCACCCAUUUUUAUAAUGGCGUUUCUCCUUUACUGCAUUCUGUACAUAGUUGCGGAAUUUGCUCUCCCUCUCUUCCUGUUGGGUUCUUUUGCCUUUUUUUACUACCACUUUUGGUCCUGCGUUGUUGCGUACUUGGAGAAGUGGGUUGCUCUUGGUGAUUACAGCCGCUUGCCUCGUGUGGUUGAUGCAAAUCCCACCUUGGCAAUGCUUAAGCCUGCUCCCCCUCCUAUGUCUGGUGUUGUUGUCAAGACUGUAACUCGUUGUGGUGAGGUUCUCUCGGUCCACGUUGUGCACUUUGAUCCAUCGGGUGGUGAUGAUCAUCGUGUUACUCUUGUCUCUGGUGGUGAAGAACGUGUCUCUCGUGGUGUUGAACGUAUCUCUGGUGGUAAAGAACGUGUCUCUGUGGCGGAUGGUGAUGUUUGUGCUGCUGGUGUCUCUGCUGUGUCUGCUCGUGGUGAAGCUUCCUCUGUGUCUCGUGCUGGUGUUUCUCGUCUUGGUGGUUCUCGUUUUGAUGGUUCUCAUGCUGGUGGUGCUCGUUUUGGUGGUGCUCGUUUUGGUGGUUCUCGUUCCGGUGGUUCUCGUUCCGGUGGUUCUCGUUUUGGUGGUUCUCGUUUUGGUGGUUCUCGUUUUGGUGGUUCUCGUUUUGG